AUGAUUCAGGCAGGGGAGCUUAUCGACAUGUCCUUCGGCGUGAGGUUCGGACUGUCAACACUAACGGCUGCUGCAGUUGGUCAGCUCUUCAGUGACGCAAGUGGAGUCUGCUUCGGCAGCACUGUUGAUAAUCUUGUCUGCAGACUAUUCCCCAGACUUCAGCAGGGCGAGAUAGGGAAACGCAUAACAGCAGCGCAUUUACAAACAGGAAGUCCAUAUGCAGCGAGACUCAAGUUCUUGAGAACGUUUUCGGCUGUUGCUGGUGUUAUGAUUGGAUGCAGCCUGGGAAUGACACAAUUGCUUUUUAUGGAUCUCAAGAAAGCGGAAAGGUUGAAGGCCCUACAGCAAUGUCGUCCCCUUUUUGUUACCUUGAUGGAAGAGGGGCAUGAGCUCCUCAAUUGUCAAAGAUGCGCACUGUAUCUCAAGGUGGACGAUACGGCGGGCCCGGUGAGCGAUCCAAAUACGAGCGAUUAUGAUCUGUGGAUGGCUGGUAUGCCUUCUGAGUCCAACUCUAUCAGCGAUUCCGAGGAGAAAUUGGAAUCACGUAUGCGAGCAUGGCGAACUAUGGAACAAGAUAAGGAUGGGUACAUCAGUACCAACGAUUUGGCUGCCGUGGUAACCAAGAUGGGAUAUAAGUCGGCAGUGGGACAGGCGCUGGAUGCCAGGAGCGAUAAUCAAGUGGCAGAGGUUAAAGGUGACAGAAUUAGUUUUGAACAAUUCGAUAGAGUCAUGCCCAAGUUGAUCAAGUUGAUAAAUCAAGACUGUCGCUUUUCUCCCAAGCAGAGGCCUCUAUUAGAGCACGUUCUACGAACUGGUGAAGUAUUACGUAUUGACGAUGUUGAGUCGCCGAUGUUGAACAAGACAGGGCUGCGAGUGGAUCCUAAUAAUAUGGACCGAUACAGAGGUGUCCGGACACACUCGGUUUUAAUAUGCCCUGUAGUUGAUCCAAAGACUGGUACCGCGAUUGGUGUAGUUGAAUGUGUGAAUAAAUAUCGAAAGCAUCAUCAUCACGCAGUUCCAUCUAGGCAAUUGAAUGCUUCAAAGCGGAAUGCACCGGAGAUAGUUUACGUGUCCAGCGAGUCGGGGCCAUCUGGCGGUCUACCACCCACUCCAGCGAGUCAGUCAUCAGCCUCAACUACACGCAAACCGGACCCAAACAAAAUACAACGGACGCAAACCGUUACACAUGACUUUCAGAAGAUGAAAUACAAAGGAUUCACCGACAAUGACGUGAAGAUUGUGACCGCCUUAUGCAGUCAUGCAGCUACCUUUGCUAGGCAGUGUGGCUUUAUCGAGGACUAA